AUGUACAUCGAGGAGGUCAUAAUCGACGGAUUCAAGUCCUACUCGACGCGCGUGACCGUCGGGCCGUUCGAUCGGCAGUUCAACGCCAUCACAGGCCUGAAUGGAAGCGGCAAGUCGAACAUUUUGGAUGCGAUCUGCUUCGUGCUCGGCAUCUCCAACCUUACGCAAGUUCGGGUGGGCAAUCUCUCCGAGCUCGUCUACAAGCAGGGGCAGGCCGGCGUGACCAAGGCCAGCGUGACCGUCGUCUUCAACAACGAGGACAAGCAGGGCAGCCCUGUCGGGUACGAGAUGCACGACAAGAUCAUUAUCACAAGGCAGAUCGUGAUCGGAGGCCGGAAUCGGUACCUCCUCAACUCGCACAACGUGCAGCAGAACCAGAUCCAGAAUCUCUUCCAUUCCGUGUCCCUGUGCCUCGUGACUUGGCAAGCGGUCACCUUCGUCUACGCGGUGCUCUUCGCCUGCUGCCUUUUUGUUGGGGGGCUCCACCACAGCACGAAGGGGUGGGCUGUCCAUUCGGAGGAGGAGCUGCUCCAGGCGAGCGUCUUGCACCCGCUCUUCAACACCGAGGAGCACUUUGCGCCCGAGUACUGGCAGCCUUCCAUGCGGCAGAAAGACCGCUUGGAGGCGCUGACAUCUGCGACGCAUGCGACCGCCCAAGCUCUGCAGACUAUCGGUGUGCCAGCCUUCUUGGAAUCUGCUGGGUUGAUAGGGUGGCUGCGUCACAAUCGAUCGCAGCUGCCUUGGGACUCUGAUGGCGACCUUGGCAUCCUUGAAGCUGACUGCGUUCGUGCUGGUGCCAGCAAGGAGGCCCUGCGCAGAGCAGUUGGGGAAGACCUGGUGGUCCUCAAGUUCGCGUGCACUUGCGAAGAGGACUGCAACGGUGACAACAAGCGAAUGGUCGGCCGCAUUGCUCACCAGAAAACUGGUGUGUGCAUCGACAUCUUCGCCUAUGCGCCGGUCAAGACGAGUCGCUCAUGGCAGCAAGAUCAGAGGUACUCCGGCAUUGAGUGGUGGGAGCGAGUCAACGAUCAUGCAGACUUUACGUUUCCUAAAGAUGCCCUGCUACCACUGCGGGAAGACAUCUUUGCUGGAGCCCCGAUGAUGCUCCCUGCAAAUCCGAGAGAGUUUCUCAGCUGGGAGUACGGGCGCUGCCUUGGCUCGCAUGUGUGGCCUUGGAGGAUCCUGCUGUAUUCACCCUCAAGUGAGACGCUGGCCUUCGCCCUCGCAGCAAAGGGGGCAGUCCUCAUGCUGGGAGGUGCGGGAACGGACGCCCUGCCAGCUUUCCUGCUGAUCUUGUGCUCGGCAGCGGCCGUGACCUGCCUGAAAGGUGGCCUCACCUUGAUAGCAGUGCUUGGGAUCUGCGUUUGCGAGUUCCUGGUGGUGCGCAUGAGGCCGGAUCUCUGCAGAUUGCCCCGGCUUCACUUGGCCCUACUCAUUCUGACGCUCGCUGUCUGCACCGAGGGUCUGCGCGGCUCCCUGGAGCAGCUCCUUUGCCAGGUGGAUGACUUCUACCUGCACCCAAGGCGGCCAAAGUCAUGGACCCUCUGCCUGCUGGGCACCUGCUGGGACUUCUGA